AUGCUAAAUGUGCAAGAUGAGAAGAUAUCUUUAACAGAACAAAGUUCUGAAAACGAGCUAACAGAUAUUGAUCCUAUUGUUAAAGGGUCUCAGAGGAAGCUCCAUGCACGCCAUCUCCGCUUUCUUGCAUUGGGCGGCAGCAUUGGAACGGGCCUGUUUAUUGCUACGGGUAAUAUCCUUUCUACUGGUGGCCCAGGCUCUGUGAUGAUUAAUCUAGUGAUUCUCUCUUUCAUGAUUGUAACUGUUCUUUUUGCGAUAGGUGAGUUUGCUGCUCUGUAUCCGCUCCCUGGGCUCUAUACCAGCUGUAUCAGCCGGUUUCUCGACCCAUCUCUAGGCUUUGCUAUCGGACUUGAUUAUACGCUUACCUGGCUUAUUAUUUUGCCUGUUGAAUUGACGGCGGUAACAAUCGUCAUUGGAUACUGGGAUACGGAAGAGGUUGUACCAAAAGGAGUGUGGAUUGUAAUCGUCAUGCUAUUCGUGUUUGGCAUCAACGUGAUUGGAGUUCAAGCAUACGGAGAAUUUGAGGUUUUUGCAACGUCGAUUAAGAUGAUCAGCAUCAUUGGCUUUAUUAUUUUCUCGAUCAUCGUGACCUGCGGAGGUCCCCCUGUAAACCAUUACUACGGGGCUCAAUACUGGCAUGAUCCCGGCGCGUUUAACAACGGCUUCAAAGGGUUUUGCAGUGUGUUUGUGUUUGGAGCUUUUUCUUUCGGAGGCUCUGAACUCAUAGGUAUCACUGCUGCUGAGGCCGCUCAUCCACGGAAACAAUUGCCAAGAGCAUGCAAGAUGGUCAUCUAUCGCGUUUUGAUCUUUUUUAUUCUAGCUUUAUUUAUGGUCACAUUGACCGUGCCUUAUGAUGACGAGGCACUGUUGGGGUCCAGCAAUAAUCCCCGUGCAUCUGCAUUUGUCCUUGCGAUCAAACGAACCGGUGAACAUACUUUGGCAAGCGUAUUCAACGGUGCCAUUUUAAUAUCGGUGAUCUCCGUCGCGAACUCGGCCGUGUACGCGUCUAGUCGGCUCAUGGUUGGCAUGAGUCAACAGAAAUUGAUCCCGAAAUUCAUGGGCUACAUGGAUUCGAAAGGACGCCCUUGGCCAGCAAUGCUACUUUCUUUCAUGUUUGGAUGCUUGGCGUUCUUGGUAUACUCCACAUCGGAAAGCGAAGUUUUUUCUUGGUUGGUUGGUAUCUCCGGUCUUGCAACCAUCUUUGUAUGGGGCAUUGUAAGCUUGGCGCACGUCCGCUUCCGUCUCGCUUGGAAGGCACAAAAUUUAACGGCAGCAGAUUUGCCAUGGGCUUCCCCACUUGGCAUAUAUGGCUCCAUCUUUUCAUUUGUGAUUAACUUUUUGCUUGUCGCAGGCAAUCUUUAUUAUGCGGCUUUCCCCAUUGGCGAAGGAGCGCCAGAGGAGACUCCACAAAAACGCGCUCACGACUUUUUUGAAAGCAUGAUUUCGUUCGUCGUGGUGCUCUUCACUUUCAUUCUGCAUAAGCUUAUCACGCGCGCCCCAUUUGUGCGAUUCAGCGAAAUUGACCUGAUGUCUCAACGGAGAGACCCCGUGUCGAGCGAACAGCUGCAAGCUGAAAAAAAAGAAUUUGCGGCACUGCCACUAUGGAAACGAAUUACACAUACCCUAUUUUAG